AUGCUUCGGGGUGUUCUCAUUGUAUGCGCGUCGUCGGGCAAGCUGCUAUUCUCGCAUGCAGCGACAGCAGGCUUUGGCCUCCCGCCUGCACUGGCACCGCCAGGCCAAGGCGGCGAGCACUCGUUGGCCGGACUCAUCUUUGCCUUUUUCCUCAACUCUUGCAACUCUCUUGCUGCCGCCUCCUCGCGCGAUUGCCCGCCGCAUUUGGUCAUGACGCUACCGGCAUCUGCGACAAAGAUGGUUCUUGCUACUCUGUCUCAUCAAGAUCUUCCUUCGCCGCUUCUUGUUGCUCUGCUCCUUGACUCUGCCCUUGUUUCGUCUGGCACUGACGCCGAUGGCAGCGGCUUCCUUGUCUCGUCUCUGGCGUCGUCGCUUGUCGAUGCCUUUGCCCGCAAAGUUGCGCGGAGGCUCACUCGUGGUCACUCACUUGUUGCCUGUGCCACCGCGAGCACCGCUUGGCUCCGUGCCUGGAUCGCCACAGACCUUCCCGUCGUUGUCGGUAAGCUUCUCGUCGUCGCCGCGCGCACUCCGUGGAUGUGGAUAUAUCUUGCCCGCGCCACAGAUGAUGCCGAGCACAGCGCGAGUGAUUCGGUCUACCAUGCUAUGGUUCCGAGCGAAGCGCCGCCCAUGCUUGCGCCGUACACCGUUUUUGCCGCGCCCGACGAGUCGCCGUCGAUAGGCACUCAGAUGCGCGCCGCGCUUGCCGCCUGCUGCGGCUGCUGCUGCCGGUCGACCAAGGCCGGACGAGUGGUCGACGCAAGUGAUGAUGACUGUAACCCCAAAGGCCAGGAGGGUUGUGAUGUCGACGCGGAUGCCUCCUCCCACCCUCGCCGCGUCUUUGCUCUGCCGGUCUCGUCGGUCCUCGUCGCCGAGCGGCCCGAGGCGGGGACCCGAUACGCGCUCGCCGGCUCGAGCUUGGCUAAGCUCGCACCCGAGCUGCUCACCAAGCUUAGUCCGGAUCCAGACCUGCUCGGUAGAUACCAGCGUCAGCGGGUGAGCGUGAAUGUGAGUCUCAGCCCCAGCGUGGGCGACAUUGACAACAGCGGCGAGGGUGGUACGAGUUCGUCCGGCUUUGAGCUUGACGUCGACGUCGCUUGUCUCUCGUCGCGCAUUCUUGUCGGCAUUCCUACGCGGGAUGCGGCGUCUCUUGGCGAGACGCUGUUGCCCGAGGCGGCACUCCGCGUUCUCGAGGGCUACCUCGAGCUGCUAGAAGGCUCGCGGCUCGAGCCCGACGCAGUAGCAACUGCGGUGGCGUCUGUCGUCGAGUGCGGGGCCGACUGA